UCUGUCUCAUAAAGAGAAAGAUCAAAAUGUUUGGAAAUCUUCUUCAAAAUUUUUAAGUUUUUUUUUUUAAAUUAAUACUUUCUAAAUCCAAAAAAAAAACAUCACCAUGGAGGAAAAUGAAAACAGCAGCGACAGUGGACAUCUUCUGUCCGGAAUCCAAGCCGUCCGGCUGUUUUGGUCCGUGCACAACGAAAGACGUCGGUCGAGCCAGAUAAUGAAUAUGACGGUUCCACUUCCACCGGAAGCAGUGCCCGAUGAUCCGGAUGCGGAAAUGUGCCGCUUUGAAAAUUCCCAGUUUUGCCGCAUCUGCCGGCAGAGUGACGAUAAUCUGGUGGAGAAUGUGUGCGCCUGCAAGGGUUCGAUGUCUUUUAUUCACGAGCGCUGCCUCCGAAUGUGGACCAAGUAUCAGCGCAGUGAAAUCUGCGAAGUUUGCCGGACCAAGUUCAACUGCAACUUCGAGCCAAAACUGUUCGUCAAGUUGAGCGAUUGGACACUGACCUGGAAUUUCGUACGGAGGCGCUACUUUGGGGUUCUGGUUCGAGAUUUUCUCAAUUUCAUGGUGCUGUUCGGAAUUUCGAUACUUCAGAACACGAAAAUCGUUUCGAUGCUACAGCUCGAGCUGGAAGAGGAACGAGUUAAUCCGUUCCUGCCAAUUGCCAUCAUUGGGGCCACCUUCUACGAUAUCCACUUCAGCCGCUGGGUCAUGAGAAGGACCCUGAAGGCAUGCAAUCUGGUGCGCGAAUAUUGGGCCCUGGCUCACGAUGAGGAAUUUCUGGGCUACUUCAAUCCGGAUUAUGCCGUUUUCGGGGAGGACCAAGCCGAGAUCGAGGAGAUGCUUCUGGCCGAAUAUGAAUCGCGAAGCUUUGUGCCGUAAUGACCGCGUGCUGAACGCAAGUGGUUAAGCUAUUCGCAUUAUUCGAAAACAUUUGUUUCGGCUGCACUUGACAUGACGCAUCAAGGAAGUUAACCAAAAGUCAGAGCAGAAAAAGUUCUUAUUUUUGCAUUCAUAUUGCAAUUGCUGGUGGUGCUCCGGUUGAAAUUUAUUGCAUUCAUAAUUUACGAGUUACGAUGCUGAUGGAGUGAGGGCAGCCAACGGGAAAACGAGAAUGAGUUGGCAAAUGUUACCUACGUGUUUUCGGGUCCGACCAGUGGAAUGUGGUUGAGAAAUGUUUUGCGAAACAAUUUAUGAGCAAAGUUGCAAAAUUUUUUGGGAACUUGAGUGGUGGGUGCUUUUUAUUUCGGCAAACACGCCAGCAUUCCAAAUAAAGUUUUAU